CCAUUCAACGCCAAGAUGGAUUCGUCGGAGAAUCAGCUGGAUGAACUUGUCUCAGGCGACGGAAAUCAUGCUGGUGACUCUGCGGAGGGAGACGAAGUUUCCAAACCUGUCCAGUCCCUGGACAACAUGGAGGGAGAUGGAGAGGCCCAGCCCGGUGAGCCGAGUCCAGAAGAACCAGACAGUGUUCGCUCAGCUACCCUCGAGACCUCGGUGACAGAACUUGCUGAAGAGAUAGAGCCAGGACAGGAAGAGGGAACCUCUGACUUGGAGAUAACGCCACAGGAAAAAUACUACAACUAUGAAGAGCUGUGCUCUCGGCCCUUCAUCAGUGAAGAUUCCGAUAUCCCGGCCAACCUGCUCAGUCUCAUCCACUCGUUUGGCUAUGACUGCGGCCGACGAGCCAACCUGCAGCUGCUGGAUGAAAAUACCCUGGUUUACAUUGCCGGAAAUCUCCUCAUCCUCCUGGAUGUGAUGAGCAAGGAACAGCGAUACCUGCGCAGCUGUAGUGGGGGAGGCAUCGGCGCCAUCAUGGUUCACCCCAGUAAGAAGCACCUUGCUGUGGCAGAGAAGGGCAUGGCACCCAACAUCAUCAUUUAUGAGUAUCCCUCACUGCAGCCGUACCGUAUCCUCAGAGGAGGUACGACUCGUGCCUACAGCUCGGUGGACUUUAACCGUGAAGGCAUCCUGCUGGCCAGCGUGGGCAGUGCGCCAGAUUACAUGCUGACCAUUUGGGCCUGGAUGGAGGAGAGGGUUGUGCUGCGCUGCAAGGCCUUCUCCCAAGAUGUGUACCAGGUCACCUUCUCCCCUGACAACCCAGGCCAGCUCACCACGUCUGGUGCUGGACACAUAAAGUUCUGGAAGAUGACAAGCACAUUUACGGGCCUCAAGCUUCAAGGGCUGCUGGGAAGGUUUGGGAAGACUGCACUGACAGACAUAGAGGGAUACGUAGAGCUUCCAGAUGGCAAGGUGGUGUCAGGAUCAGAGUGGGGUAACAUGCUGUUGUGGGAAGGGGGUCUCAUCAAAGUGGAAAUCUGCCGGAAGGGCGGACGGCAGUGCCAUAGCGGGGCCAUCCAGCAGUUUUCUCUGGAUGAGGGCGAGCUGGUUACCAUCGGGACAGAUGGCGCUGUCAGGGUGUGGGACUUUGAGACCAUUGACACUGCAGACUGUAUGGAUGACACCGGCUUCUUUGAGAUGGAGCCCAUGAACGAACUGGUGAUCGGCCGCAACGUCUGCCUCUCGUACAUGGUCAAGAGCUCGGUGCCGGACUCCUUCAUCUGGUUUGCUCAGGACUCUCACGGGGGCAUCUGGAAGCUGGACCUGUCCUUCUCCAACAUUACUCAAGACCCUGAGUGCCUGUUUUCCUUCCAUGCUGGAGCUAUCCAGGGAAUGGAUGUCUGCAGUACAAGUCACCUGAUGGCCACCACUGCAUUGGACUGUUCUGUCAGAAUUUAUGACUUCCUGGCGAAGAAGGAACUGAUCAUGAACAGAUACAGACAGGGUGGGACCACACUAACCUGGGCACCCAGCAUGGUGGCCCCCAGCGGUGGUCUGCUGGCGGUGGGCUUCGAGGAUGGGGUGGUCCGGCUACUGGAGCUGUACUAUCGCCGGAACCUACAGCCUGUGGGAGGGCAGAACCUCUCAGCAGAUGCCCAAAUGCGACUCAAGCAGGCCUUCAAGCCCCACAACGCCCCAGUGUCGGCCAUUGCCUUUGACCGCAACGGCGAGCUGCUGGCUACUGCGAGCACAGACUGUACCGUGUUCUUGUUCACAGUGAGCGACCGCUACGAACCCAUCGGCUUUAUCCGUGUGCCUGGGCCUGUGAAGAACAUGGAGUGGUCUCCUCCAUCACAUGAGGCAAACACACUGCUGAUCCUCUGUCAGAAUGGCCAUGUGGUGGAGAUCAAGGCCCCCGACCUUGAGAUCCAAACCUCGAGCUCCACCUAUGAGCUGUGUGGGGUCCCCAGUCGACACUUUCGCUUUCUGAGCAUCAAGUCCCGCAUCAAGUGUCUGUGUUUACAGCGAGAUGCAGAGGUGGCCAGAAGGGCAGUGGAGAAGGAGAAGAAGAAGAAAGAGAGGGAGGAGCGCCUGAAGCGUGCCAAAGAUCAGGGCCGUGAGCUCACACAGGAGGAGCUAGAGGAGGAGGAGGAGGAGGAGGAGCCAGAGCUGCCCCCCUUAUACACCCCGGACCCCCCAAGCCCCCUGCUCUGCAGCUUUUACACCCAGCCUGGGGCCUUCUGGCUCUCCAUGGGAGGGUACGAUGCCGGGUACCUGUACCACUGCCAGUUUUCUGAGCAGCAGGAAACUGACCCCCAGCAAAGAUGGGACGAGCCCUUCACCUUCCUCCCUGUGCAGGACUCCGAGGAUGAUCCCAUCUGCUCUUUCAGCUUCAGCUCCAACCGGCGCCUGCUGCUGUGUGGCAUGACCUCGGGGCACAUUCGGGUGUACCCUGUGACACCAGGAGACCUGCACCUGACCUCCAUGCAGUCCUUCUGGGCCCUCAGUAUCCAUGAUAACCAGUACGGCCUUGUGCACAGGGUGCGCUGCAGCCACGAUUCGCAGUUUGUGCUCACGGCCGGACAGGAUGGGAAUAUAUUUGCGUUCAGUCUCCUGCCCCCAGAGGACCUGCUUGCAGCCCUGGCACAGAGGCGAGCCAAAGUGCCCUCUCCUCGCAGGGGCAUAGAGACAGAGAAGGCGGCCCAAGACAUAGAGGACCCCAAUGCCUACAGCAUUGAGAUGGCCAAGCAGCGUAUGGAGCUGGACCGCUUGCACAGGGUGGCCGAGCAAAGGAAGGCAGAGCGACGGAUGAAACUGGCCGACCUGCAAAAGCAGUUUAAACAUCUUCUGCAGAAGAACGAGAAGCUGCCCGAACACGUUCGCCUGCAGCCUGUGGAGCUGGAGCUCGACAAGCGCUUUCGGGAGGAGACGGAACAGCAGAUAGCUCAGAACAUCAGGGAGGCUCGCAAAGAGCUGGCGUGGGAGGGGGAGCGCUAUCGCAUCGGCCUACGGAAGCUGGAGGAACGGUUCCGGGACUCGCUCGAGUCGGACACGGUCACAGUGGUAGCACUCCAAAGUCAGCACAAGAUCUCAACCUACCGGCUUCUGGCUCUUGCAUGCAAAUUCCACCAGCUGAAGCAGGUCGGGCCGAAAGGCGCAAAGGUACUCAGGAAGCGCUGGCGCAGCAAGACCAGCACAAGCAAGGAGACCUCAUCUGCCCCAGCCACCACAGAGUCCCUCCCCCAGGACGUCGUGCUGCAGCCCCGAGUGCAGCCCCCUGAGGGGAGCCGGCUGGCAGGGCGCCAGGCUGAGAAGCUGAGCAAAGCUGCUGAGAAAGCAGAGCAAGCACGGGCCAAGAUCCAGAAGCGGAAGGACGAGUGGGCCGAGCUUCUGGCGUCGAAGCCCAGUGAGAACUGUGAGGACCCGCAGGAUGUUCUAGCCAUACAGCAGGCCAUGGAGAACAUGGGCGACUUCAAGCUGAAGACAGCAGAAGACUUCACGGUGCCAGAGCACCUCAGAAUUGAUGCAAAGACAAAGCGAGUGCAACUCAUGGCUCUAGAGGACCAGAUUCACCGGAGGAAGAUGAAGAUGAACGUGCGCAUCAUGGCCCUACGUGACUCCAAGGUUCGGCUGCUGUCUUGGCUGGCCGAGCAGGUGCAGAAACUGCAGGCUGUGCAGGCCAGUCUGGCCCCAGAAUUACGUGCCACCAUUCCUGGUGUGCCCACCCUGCUGCCCGAGGAAAUGCCCCGAGAAGAGAAUGCACUACACCCGGGACAUGCUAGUGCGUCUGCAGACCCUGAGGCCCAGAAGGGGCAGGAGAAGGGACUCCUUGAGCUCCUGAGCCAGGAAACUGAGGAUCGCGAAGACCGUGGUACUGCCAAUGCUCCUGAACACACCCCACAUAUACCGGAAGAUGAGCAAAGCCCACAUAUACCAGAAGAUCAUAACCUCACGCAGUUGGAGGAGGAGAUGAGAUCUGCAGAGGAAAUCAGACUACUUUCUAUGCAGGACAAUCUACUGAGAAAGAUGGAGCAGGCGGUGAAGUACUUUGACGCGGAUCUCAAACUGCUACGUCACGAAAAGCUGGAGUUGGAUGUCCACAUAAAAAUGGCCGACCUGCAGCACAUUACCCUCUUUGAGGAGCUGCUGUUACUCAAGGAGUUUGAGAAGAGAGAGAACAGUCUGCAGGAGAGACUCAACAGCCGCAUGGAAGAGGAUGACCUUGUCAGGUCCAAGCUGGAGGAAUGUGAGCUGCAGCUGGAGAUGAAGCGUCGUGACAUUGCUAAGCUCCAGGAGCAGGAGAAGGCCAUCACUGCCACUUUCCUUGCCUCUCUUGGGGAGAGCAACAAAUUUGCAGAUUUUCUGACCAAGGUCUUCAAGAAGAAGAUCAAGCGGGUAAAGAAGAAGGAGAAAACUGGAGAUGAAGAAGAGCAGGAGGACAGUGAUGAAGAAUCAGAAGAAGAGUCAGACUGGGAUGAAGAUGAGGACGGUGAAGGAUCAGAAUGCAGUUACCCCCUGGAUGACAGUGUUUGCCCUCCAAAUUGUGAUCCGGACCUGUUUGAGGUGACUCUGCAGCUGCGUGAGCGUCGACUGGACCUGGAGGAGCUCUUGGCUGAUGAGAGGAAGAGUUUGGAGGCCCUACGGAAGGAACAUGACUCUCUGGCCAAGAAGGAGAAAAUAGUGCUAAACAACCUUGAAGCAGCAGAGGGCGACUUGGAGCUCUUGAACCGUGAGAAGCAGCGUAAACUGAACGCCUUGGACGUGGUGGUUCCACUCAGGCUGCACCAGAUUGAGUAUGUGAGCAAUGGGGCCGUCCCUGGGAAGCUGGACCAGGUGCUGGUUCUGAACAGAGCACCUCUGGCAGGUCUCCAGGAACGAAUUCGCCAGCUGCAGGUGGAAAAGAACCACCAGAAGGAGCGGUACCGACAGGCCCGGCAGCAGCACAUCCAGCUCAUUCAUGACUGCAAGGACCUGGAGGCCAGCAUCCAGCAGCUGGAAGUGCGAUGCGAACAACUUAUGAUGAUGAAGUUCGGGAAGCUAGUGGAUCUGGAAGCUCUGCAGACAUUGUCAGGAAACAGGAACCUGGAGGAGAUGAGGCAUGGGGCUCGAGUGAGGGAAGCAGCGUUCAACCAGGAGAUCAAGCGCUGGGAGGACAAGGUAACAGAAGCCAAAAUGGCCAUGAUGGAGGUGACCAAGCAGCACACUGAGCGUCUCAGCAGGAUGGGCAGCCUGUUAGCCGAGAAGAAGGAGCUGGAGGACAAACUCAACUACAGACAGAGGAGCAUCGGCACUCAGUUUCAGGAGCACGGGCACGUGGAGGAGGAGGAGAAGAGUCGUCUUCAGAAGGUGGUUCAGACCCAGGCGCUGGAGAUAAAGGCACUGAGAGAGGAGAUCGACAUCCUCUCACUGAAGGGGGCUCACGUUAUGCCCCCUGCGCAGCCCCCUCUGCUCCCUGUGCCCUCCGCCAACCCCCACGUGAACUCGCGCACCGCCCAUCACUUUCCAGUGCACGGGGGGCACCGCUCGGGUCUACCCCGGAGUCACACCUAGUCCUGCACACACACCUCUCGCUGCCAUCAGUGUCCCAGCAUCGGCGCUCGUCAGAGGCGCCCGGGCUCUUCAGCCUACAAACACAGAAUCUGUGUGUAACUUGAUCUGUCUGUAACUCCAAAGACACGUUUAUCUCUCAGCCACAACGAAUAAAAGCUACA